CUUUGUAAUCCAGUUUGCGUUUUGUACUCAUAGAGUUUUGUUCGUAUUAGGUGCAGAAACAAUUUUCGGGGAUUUUUCAAAUGGCAAGGUGAAAAUGUGAUGUUUGUUAAACGAGGACGAUUCGAAUUGACCAACGAUACGCUAUUAACGUGUAAUUAGAAAUGGAUAUAAGACCGAUUUUCGGCGGUUAUCCGUUUCAGGGUCAGGGCCGUGUGAACCAGCUUGGCGGAGUGUUCAUAAACGGCCGUCCACUUCCAAACCACAUACGUUUAAAGAUCGUCGAAAUGGCGGCCGCCGGUACGCGUCCCUGCGUUAUCUCGCGGCAAUUGAGGGUGUCGCACGGAUGCGUAUCAAAAAUUUUGAAUCGCUACCAAGAGACUGGAAGCAUACGACCGGGCGUAAUCGGCGGAUCGAAACCGCGCGUCGCGACCCCAGAGGUGGAAAAUCGGAUCGAGCAGCUUAAGCGUCAAAAUCCCGGAAUUUUUUCGUGGGAAAUAAGAGAGAGACUGGUCAAGGAAGCCGAUCUAAACUUGACCUCGCCAACGCCCGAAGCGGAUCCUCCUGGGGUAAGAGAACCUUCUGAUUAUACCUAAUCUAACCAUCAGAGCGCAUUGGCAUUAGUUAAUUGAAAUUUUUUUAAUGGAGAUUUACCACAUCGGCCACCCUUAUCUCAAUCGUAAUAAAUUUUAAGUAAUCCGCCGAAAGUGAUAAAUCAGGAAAUAGUUGGAAAAAAUAAAUACGCACC